GUGACAUAAUACGAUAAUCUCCCUUACAAUUUCCCUAGCAACGACUAAGCAACAGCCAGACUGAAUUGACGGAAAGCAAAAUACAAAACAAAAAUCUAAAUUCUAAAGAAAAAAUUGGAAAAUAACUUGGGUACCCAAAUAACUGUAUCAUCUGGACAACCUUGGGUGGUUUAAUGAUCAUCCGAUAGGAUAGGAUGGACGACGAUUCCUCCGCAGACUCGAAGGGUGGCAGGGAAAGCCAAACAUCUGGCUGUGAAAGUCUUGCAGGCGAAGGAAAAUCUGGAGAUGAAGAAGGACGAUCUUCGAAAACUCGCUUGCCAACAUGGUCCGGUUCCCUAUGGCACGAUGGAAACAGGAAGAGCGCUUUCCAACCUUACAGGCAGCAAACCACCAUUUUAACCAAUCUUCAACGAGGCAACACCCAGACGUUGACUCCUGUCCUUGAGCCCGUCGACGUCUCAAUCCACCACAGGGCUGGCCAGGGAGAACUGACGGAGGAUGACUUCGUGGAAGAAAUCGAUGUUGACGAGGAGGAUGCCUUUGGAUUGACGCCUCUUCACUGGGCAUCUUCUUACGGACAGUUGCCCACCGUUCAACUGCUUUUGCAGAAAGGUGCCUCUAUUAACAAGCAGGGCAAAGAAGGAGAAACUGCCCUCCAUUUGGCAGCGUCAGGCGGCCAUCAUGACACCCUCAAGGUGCUGCUGUCCGAAGGAGCUAAAGUGGACGAAAUUGAUGAGAAUUCCAAUACGGCUCUGAUGUACUCGGCACACAGCGAUCAUCCGCACUGUGUUAACGAGUUGCUUCUUCGAGGUGCUGAUAUUACUUUGAAAAACAUUAACAAUGACACUGCCCUUGGAAUUGCAAUUAACAGAAGUAGUUCGCAAGCCCAAGCUGUGAUUGAGAAUCACAUCAUUAGUCUGUUGACCCUGAUUAAAUAAGUUGAUGUCAAAUUGUGCCAAUACUAUUAUCUUUUAUUACAAAUAAAAUAUUUAUUUUACCCCGAUUUGUAUUUUUUGUUAACACAGGUUGUGACACAAGCAAUUUAAUGUAAAUAAAGUAAUUUUAUUAUAAUGUGUAAACAUGAAAA